AUGAUCAUAUCAAGCCCUAAAACGUCCACCCUCUCCUAUAUCCUACGUUGUGCGGAACCGGAAUUGCUCUCAUUGAACACAUCAGCUCAGAUUUUCCAAGUGCUGUCCAAUGCUCCCGGUUCCAUUUCAGACAUCAAUGAAGUGAUACGGGUUGCCUACUCGUUGGACGAGACCCACUUGGAAGCGGCCGCACUGGGUAGUCUUCGUCGGCACUAUCUCGCUCAGCUGAUGGUCGAGGAGAGCGCUGUCUUGAAACCGGAUCUGCGACCGAACUUGCCAAAACAAUACUUGGCUAAACGACAACUCAAACGACCACGCUCGCGAUUUAGCAGUCUGCUACAAUCGGUUUUGUGGACCACGACUCCGCAUCGACGCAUCACCGGCAUGUCAGUCCCGUUCCGCACAGCACUGACCACCAGACAAACCACCGACCGGUUGGAUGAGGAUGAUGCACAGACAGAUUUGAGCAUUUCCGACGAUCCGAAACUGAAAAAUGUGCGUCAAACUGAAAUUCUGGUGGAGUUGAAGCAAUCUAUUGCCCAGGUGAGUUGUUGUUUUUAUUGUUCUGCUUGUAUCGGAACACCAUGA